AUGCCUGACACACUCAACGACGUCCGCCCGCGGUUCGAGCUCACCGGCCGCACCUACGUCGUCACCGGCGGCGCCCAGGGCAUCGGCUUCGCCAUAUCGCGCGCCAUCUGCGAGAUGGGCGGCAACGUCGCCGUCUGGGACAUUCAAGACAAGCCGGUGGACGAGUUUUCUACGUUGAGCGACAAGUUUGGCGCCAAGACGCUGUACGUCCAGACCGACGUCACCAAGCAGGAGAGCCUCGAGGCGGCUUUUCAGAAGACGCUCGACGAGUUCAAGACGGUCGACGGGUGCGUCCCCGCGGCGGGCAUCGCCAUCGACAAGCCGUUUAUCGAGCAGACUUGGGACGAGUUUAACCGGAUCCAAGAGAUCAACGUCCGCGGCACCUUCUUCACCGUCCAGCUCGUCGCGCGGGAGCUCAUCAAGCAGGGCAAGCCCGGCAGCAUCCUGCUCAUCGCCAGCCAGUCGGCGCACAUCGCGCUGCCCGGCUACCGGAUGGCCGCGUACAACGCGUCCAAGGGCGGCGUCAUGAUGCUCGCGCGGGCGCUGGCCGUCGAGCUCGCGCCGCGCGGCGUCCGCGUCAACACCAUCUCGCCGGGCUUCGUCGACUCGGAGAUGACGCGACGCGUGCGCGAGGCCAAGGCGGUCCGCCGCGAGGGCGAGCAGAUGUGGCUCCCCCCCCCCCCCCCCCCCCGGCGCGGCCGUCUACCUGCUGAGUGA